CUGGGAUGACUCCUUUGCUGUAUGACAGAAGGCAGAAUUUGAGAGCAGUAAAACCGCAGAGCUGACAAUCACUGGCCGAUCAGCAAUGAAGAAUGGAGCUGCCCUACUGCUUGUCAUCACCAUGGCAAUGGCCCGGAUCAGGUGGAGCAGUCAGACUCAAGGCCCCCCGCGGUUGCGCCUGGCCGUACUCUCGGAGGACCGACUGCAGAUGAAGUGGAAGGAGGCCGAGGGGCUCAGCAGUGGGUACAAAGUGCUGGUAAAACCGGUGACUGGGGACCCCGAACAAGAGGUGAUGCUGAAAACCAAAACCCCUAAAGUGACGGUGGGGGGCCUGGCCCCCGAGAAGGAAUAUAUCCUACAGAUCCAUGUGAUCCAGGGGGGGCAGGAUGUGCUGCUGGCCAAGAGGCGCUUCAUUAUAGAAGAUUUAAAGGCGCAGGGAAGGGGCAGCAAGAAGCCGGAUGAGGAGGGGCCUGUUGUGCCCCGCCCCAAUGAGACUGUGAACUCCCCCACCCUGGAGGCGGGCCUUGGAGCUUCAGACAGGGAAGCGGAGCAGGUUUUGCCCCCGGCCAAAGGCUCCCAGAGCCCAGAGUGGAAGAAGCUGAGCCCAGCGAAUUCAACCCUCCCCCCCAGAACAGCCCAGCGGAACCAGUCCCAGGCCGACAGGGAACUGCUGGAGACCCCCGGCCCCCCCAAGAAAGGCUGGGGGCCCCAGUACCUCUGUGACACGGUGUUGGAGUGGGACAUUGUGCUCCUUAUCGACAGUUCCUGGAGUGUGGGCAGAACCAACUUCAGGCUGGUCAAGAACUUCCUUGGGGGAAUACUCAGCCCUCUGCCAAUCUCCCGGGACAAGAUCCGGAUAGGUGCCUCCCAGUACAGCGGGGAACCCCAUACUGAAUGGGACCUGAACGCCUACGGUUCUAAGGCCGAGGUGCUGGAGGCAGUGAAAAGACUGAAAUACAGAGGAGGAAACACUUUCACUGGGUUGGCUCUCACCCACGUGUUGGAGGAGAAUCUGAGGGCGGCGGCCGGUGCCAGGGAACACGCGGGCAAAGUGCUGGUUCUGCUGACGGACGGGAAGUCCCAGGACGAUGCCAUCUCGGUGGCGCAGAUGUUGAAAGAGGCCGGAAUCUAUAUAUUCACUAUUGGGGUCAAAAAUGCCGAUGAGGUGGAGCUGAGGGAAAUGGCGUCGGGGCCCCCGGAUCUGACUGUUCACAUUGUGGCCGAUUUCCCCCUUCUCAGCCCCCUGGUGGGGCAAGUGGCCCGGGCUCUCUGUGUGAGGCUGAAGGUGAAGAGGAGGGAAGAGGAGUUGGGGGCCCAUAGUGUGGCCCUACAGGAUCUCGCUGACCCCCACCCCAGCCCCACUCACCUGGUGGUCUCGGAAGUGACAGCCAAGUCUAUGCGUCUCUCCUGGACGCCUCCGCAUCACCAAGUUCGCAAAUAUCGGAUUGUGUAUUACCCAUCGCGGGGAGGGACCCCCCAGGAGGUGGUAUUAGAUGGCGCUGCCUCCACUUCUGUCCUUAGCAACCUGACCUCACGCACAGACUACCUGGUGUCCGUAUUCCCCAUCUAUGGCAGCGGCGUUGGCUCUGGGCUGCGGGGCAUCACUUCCACACUGCCUCUGCCUGCCCCACGCUCCCUGGAGGCGGAGCAAGUGACGGACACCACCAUUGGGCUGCGCUGGCACGCCUCCGAGGAAGCUGCUCAGUACCUGGUUCUCUGCGCUGCUCAGUCCGACCCAGUAGAGAAGGCCAGUGAGGUGAAGGUGGCAGGCACCGAGGUUCUGCUGAGCGGACUGGCACCCAGCACCCACUAUAGUCUGACAGUCUAUGCAGUGUCCGGGGAUGAAAUGAGCGACCCGUCCUUCCUACAGCAAAUCACAGAGCCCCCCGUCCCCCCCCGGGACCUGCGCUUCUCCGAAGUCGCUCACAGCAGUGUCGCCGUGCACUGGCAGUCGCCCUCGUCUGACGGGAAACCCCACCGCGUCUCCUACUCACCUGCCCCGGGCAGCUCAGGGCGCCAAGAGGAGGAGGUUCCUGGGGGCUCCUCGUCGGUGACCCUGAAGUCGCUGCUCUCCCAGACGUUCUACUCGGUGACUGUGACCGGCUGGCACGGAGGGGCAGUUACUGGGAAUGUGACCACGUUGAAGGUUCCGCCCCCAACUGGGCUGAGUGUGACCCACCUCUCCGGGGACAGAGCCAAAGCAACAUGGGAUCAAGGGGAACCCGACGUCACCUCUUAUUUGAUCAAGUGGAUGCCCCUGAGCGGGGGCAAACUGAGCCAGGUGUCGGUGCCCGGGGGGCAGAAAAUGGCUUUAUUGUCCGGGAUGGAGUACAACACGGAGUAUCAGGUCUCGAUCUCAGCUCUGUAUGUGGAUGGGGCCCUCAGCGACGCCUCUUCUGGGAGGUACCGCACAGAGGUUCUUCCUGGGAAACUUCCAGCAGAACACGGGGCUUUAUUCCCAGUGAUGCCGGACGGGACCUGCCCCCGGGCAAACAUGGAGGAUGGCGCUGACGCUCUAUUGGGGUACAACAUGAUGGCAGCGUUCAGCCUGGACGAGAAACGUUACGCGUCGGUGAGCGGAGUUUCCAUCGGGGCCUUUGUAUUGGGCGGAGCCAGGAUUUAUACCCUGUCUGAGUCUGCAGAGCUGACCAUCUGGACCAGAGACUUCCACCCCGGCGGGAUCCCCCCGGAACACACCCUCAGCUUCCUGCUCCGAUUGCCCCCCUACUCGGCCCGGGAGCCCUUCUCUAUUUGGCAGAUCACGGAUGAAGAUUUCCAGCCAGUCCUGGGAGUUAUUCUAAACCCAACCGAGAAAUCUCUCACCUACUUCAACCCCGGCCCCGAGGGCUCCGUCCAGCAGGUCACUUUCCUACAGCACGAGGUCCAGCGGAUAUUCUAUGGGAAUUUCCAUAAGGUACAGGUGGCGGUUGGCAGGGGGGCCGUCCGGCUGUACAUUGAUUGCCAGAAGGUGGCAGAGAAGAGCAUUAGGGGAAUGGGCCACGUGACCACCAGAGGGUUUGAGAUGUUGGGGAAACUGACAAGGACUCGGGGGCUGAGGAGCGGCUCAGCAGCAAUCCAACUCCAGUCCUUCUGGAUCAUCUGUGGUGAUGACUGGCCAGAAAGAGACACCUGCUGCGAUGUCCUAGGGAAGAGAGACGAAAGCACCUGCCCUGCCCCCCCUGCCUCCUGUACGUGCAGUUCAGCGGAAGCUGGCCCCCCAGGCCUUCCGGGACCCCCAGGACCCGCAGGACUGAGAGGCGCUAAAGGGGAACAGGGACAUCCUGGACCAAAGGGUGAACCGGGGAAUCGUGGCCCCUGGGGACUUGAUGGUCCUGGAGGGCAUUUGGGCUCCCCUGGCCUGCAAGGGACGUCUGCUACUGGCCCAAUGGGCCCCCCAGGAAUAAAAGGAGAAAAAGGGGACACAGGAAGUCCUGGGCUGCAGGGACUGCCUGGUGCCGAGGGAAUGUUGGGGAGAGAUGGAAUUAUGGGACCCAAGGGCAUUCGGGGAGUGGAGGGGACGACGGGGCUCCCUGGGCCUCCUGGGCCAAGGGGACUGCCAGGCGUCUCAGGGAUCAAAGGCACCCCAGGGGAUAAAGGCCCAGUGGGAGCAGUUGGACCAACAGGUCUUCCAGGACCUCGAGGAGAGAAAGGGGAGAAGGGGGAGCCCCAGUCUGCGGCCACAAUCUACCACUUAGUCAAUCAGGUGUGUGAAAGACUCAUUCAAGCGCACAUGAUGAAACUGGACACCGUCGUUGGGGAACCUGAGAGGCAACCAGUCCCUGUGUGGGACGAGCAUCUAAGGAGAGGAGAACCUGGGCCUCCUGGUUUACCUGGGCCUCCUGGAGAAAGAGGGGAACUGGGGGUGAUUGGGGAAUCAGGACAGCCGGCUGGAAACGGAUACCCCGGGGAGCGAGGAGAACAAGGCCCUAAAGGAGGGAAAGGAGAUACAUUAUCAGGUAGAGACGGCCCUCAGGGGGCCCCAGGUGCUUCAGCUCCCCCAGGGACCGAGGUGUUUGGGAAACCUGGCCCCAUUGGCUCCCCUGGAAUACAAGGGCCCUCGGGAGCCCCUGGAAGCAAUGGACAACAAGGACCACCCGGGCUGCCUGGAAUCUGUGACUCCGCCCCAUGUAAUGUGGCAGAUACGGGGGGUUCCGUGGAUCUCAUCCCCUGAGACGUAGUCGGACUCAUCGCAUCAGAUGGAACGAGGGGGCGCGGUGCCCGUAGCUAAUGUGGGGGCGCGGGGCGGUGUAGCCCUAAUAUUGUGCCCCAGUUACAGCCAGGCACAGGUACCAUUGGGCAGACCCAGUUAGGGAGGCGCCUGGCAUGGGCAUUUAGGAACCUGGGCAACUUGGGGCCCCGGGGCGUCAGUCUGCCCGCUGCCCGCACUGGGAUUCUAUGCAGCCCUGUGCCAUAUUUAUCUGUAGAUCGUAAGCUUUUGUGAGCAAAGCCUUUGUAUUGUAAUCCUGUCCAUCCCUUUGUAUCCUGCUUCAUUAAUAAUGACCAACUGCAAUAAUGUGUCUGCAUUUAUAAUGGGAACGGCUGAUACUGAUCUCAACAUGGAUUAUUCCAAAAUA